CCCUAGGCGGCCUCAUUCAAUGGUGAGGCUCCAAACCCUAGCAACUGAAUUUCUCAUCUAUAAAUUUGGGUAACUUAAAAAUUUUUCGUCUAUCUUGCAUAUAGAUCUUCCGGGUAGAUCGUCGUUGGAGCUGUUUGGCAAUGGCUCCAAAGCAGCCAAGUACUGGGCUAUUUGUUGGUCUAAAUAGAGGACAUGUUGUAACCAAAAAGGAGCUGGCUCUCCGCCCAUCUGACAGAAAGGGGAAAACUAGUAAGAGAGUCCAUUUUGUGAGGAAUGUCAUUAGGGAGGUUGCUGGUUUUGCACCUUAUGAGAAGAGGAUUACUGAACUUUUAAAAGUUGGGAAGGAUAAGCGAGCUUUGAAAGUGGCCAAGAGAAAGUUGGGGACCCAUAAGCGCGCCAAGAAGAAGCGUGAGGAGAUGUCCAGCGUUUUACGCAAGAUGAGAUCAGCUGGAGGUGGGGAGAAAAAGAAAUGAGUUCUGGUCAGAUUUCUUCCAGAAUCAUGUCUUGAUGAAACAAUUUGAACAUUCAAAGAUUUAUGAUUGGCUUCUGCACUUGGCUGUUGUGAAAGUUGAAGUUUGUUUAGUUUUUGACAAUAUCUUUCAAGGACUAAAGAGUUUUAGUCCUUGAAAGAUUUCAAUUCUAUUUCUGUUUCUAAAGUAGUGUUUUGGGAAGUUGCUAUCUUCCAUAGUUAAAUGAGUUGAGAUCUAUCUCUUAAGAGGCUACAGUAUGUUAAUGCCAUGAUUACAUUCAACAA